GGUGAAAGAAUGAAAAAUGAGUAGCAAAAAUUUGCAGGGCUUUUUUGGGGCCAACGAAGCCCAAAUUCAUAUUUAUUAAUAUUAGUACCAUGUAUGAACCCCGUGUUCGCUAGCUGACCUCCUUCCUUUGACUAUUUCAAGCCUCUCGGUUUGCCCACCCUCCAAAAAGUGUAGAAGGUGAUUUGUGAUCAUGGAUCGACUCCAUGAUGCAGACCGAGCCGGAGACGACGACUCGUCCAUAGCGGACGGUAUCUCCCUAUCCCGUCGCCGCUACUCGCGGGGCGGACCACCCGGCGAUGACAGCAUCGAGCUCGAGCGAAUCAACACCUAUCGUCUCCAACAACAACUGACUGUUGGAUCUCGAGGAAGUCGCAUACCGCAAGACCAAUGGUUGCCUAUUGGGGCAGGCAAGCCGUAUCCCCCGCCUCUACCGGACUCUGAGGCAUAUGUGGUCGAGUUCGAAGGCGCGGAUGAUCCGAUGCAUCCCCACAACUGGCCCAUGAAGAAGAGGGUCAUGCUUGGAUCACUUCUCACCUCCUGUGCCCUAGUGACCGCUUACGGCAGUGCGGUGUUUGCAACCGCGGCUUCAGGUGCCCAGAAAGAGUUCGGCUUUGGUGAAGAAGUUGCGGCUCUGGGAACAACUUUGUAUGUUCUAGGGUUUUCGGCCGGCCCGACAGUGUGGGCGCCUAGUUCCGAGUUGCUUGGCCGGCGAUGGCCGCUGUUGCUUGGGAUGUUCGGCUUCGACCUCUUCAUGAUAGCCACUGCCACCGCCAAGGAUACCCAAACCCUGAUGCUGUGCCGUUUCUUUGCGGGUUUUUGUGCGGCUAGUAUCAUUGCUCUGGUGCCUGCUAGCCUGUCUGACGUGUUCAACAACCACCAACGUGGUGUCGCUAUUGCCAUGUACACUAUGUCGGUUUUCACCGGUCCUUUCACAGCCCCGUUCAUCGGUGGAUACACCGCGUCUAGCUAUCUUGGCUGGCGAUGGACGCUGUACGUCCCUGCCAUAGUUGGGUUCUUCUGUCUCGCAUUGAUAGUGUUCUUCACUACAGAGACCUAUGCCCCAAUCAUCCUGGUUCAAAAGGCAGCCAUUCUCCGACGCCAGACACGGAACUGGGGCAUUCACGCUCGCCAGGACGAACUGGAGAUUGAUUUCAAAGAAUUGGUUACCAAGAACCUGGCGCGUCCGUUCCUCAUUCUGUUCACUGAACCCAUUGCGUUUCUGCUCACGCUCUACAUGUCCUUCAUCUACGGAUUGGCCUAUGCGCUGCUAGAAGCUUAUCCUAUCAUCUUCGAAGGUACUUAUGGCAUGACCGGUGGUACUGCAGGGUUGCCCUUCAUUGGGCUCAUCAUCGGUGAGAUUGCGGGCAGCACAUUUGUUCUGUCUUUGUCAGGACAAUAUUCGCGGAAGUUGGCCGCUAACAAUUACGUCGCGGUACCCGAAUGGCGUCUGCCUCCUUGCAUUGUUGGUGGUGCUGUGUUUGCUGGUGGGCUGUUCUGGUUCGGUUGGACUGGAUGGAACAGUAACAUUCAUUGGAUGGCACCCACGGCUGCUGGUGUGGCUGUCGGCUUUGGCUUGACUUCCAUCUUCAUGCAGUGCUUCAACUAUAUUCUGGACACAUACUCCAAAUUUGCGGCAUCUGCGUUUGCGGCCAAUACCAUGAUGCGAUCCAUGGUGGGCGCCGUCUUUCCUCUCUUCACGCGACAAAUGUUCAACAACCUGGGCAUUCAAUGGGCCGGCACACUGCUUGGUUGCAUUGCCGUGGUGAUGAUUCCCAUCCCGUUAAUGUUCUACCUCUUCGGUGGCCGUCUUCGGCAGAAGAGUAAACUGGCCCCUGUGAUGGAUUUGAUGCCGCCCGUCGAAGACGAUCUUAAAAAGGCGUAGGUAAACAGCUUUAAUCCUGGGCUUUGCUGUAGAUAUAAUACUUUAGAUAGACACAAAUAGACUAGACCACAUAUUUAUAAUCACAUCCGAACUCUGAACACC